AUGAUCGCUGUAUCGACGCCAUGUCUUUCAGAUCAACCAAAGAGUGCUGGUGAACUGGAAACAACCAGUCCAGGUUUCAUAGUCUCAUUACCAGUAUCGGAAACUAGUGCAGGAGCCUGCAGAGAUUUCUCCCAUCUCCCUCAAACAAUACCUCAUUUUGUCAGUCGUGUCCAGGAAUGCAACGCCAUUAGCAGAUACCUCUGUCCAACACACGAUUGCAGAUGUGUUCUCGUACAUGGCGUUACUGGUGUGGGUAAAACAAGCACAGCUAUCAAGGUAGCAAACGACCGAUUGGACUCCGACAGUUGCACCGUGGUUGUUUAUGUCAAUUGCAGAUAUAUAAAUUCUCUGGACGAUUUCGCAGAAAAGGCUCUUCAACAAGUUUACCCUUGUCCUGUCGACAAGCCGAUAUCAGAGCUGAAAAAUCGCCUGAAAAGCCAAGCUUUCUACACUGUGUUGCUGCUGGACAACUUCGAAUUUCUGCUGUAUUUGGGCGACAUUGGGCAAGAAACUCCCCAUGAAGGAGCAGUGGCACAAGGGAGGAUGACCCCACCAUGCGAAGAAUCGAAGAUCAUGAAUUUUAUCACUGAAACUGUGAUGAUUUCAAGAAAAGUCAAGUUACUGGUCACUUCAUCAGAGAAAAUUGUGUUUCCGGACCUAGGGCAGCAAAAGGUUCAUCUGGAUUGCUUUAAACCAGAAGAAUCAUUUCAGCUUUUGCAAAGAGUUUGUAUAGAAAGGGUGGUUGACCAGCAGCUCGCGUACCAGCUAUCACAGAUUUGCAGCGGCAUUCCCCUCGUUCUGUACACCUUAGCCAUGUCACACUCCGACCUGCUUGAUCUCGUGGCACGUAUGAGCUGCGCACAACCGAGCGAUGCAUUUGAGUUCUUAAGAAAGAUCCAGUCCGUCCCGAAAGAAAAAAAGAUUAACGUGUGCCUUGAUAUUUGCUUUGGCAGACUUAAUGAAAAGGAAAAGAGCACCCUCAUAAUAUUAGCACUUCUUAGAGGGCGUUUCACCCUGCGUAGAGCUGAACAAAUAUUUCAAUCAUUGAUGCUGAGUAAACAUCAGCUCACAGAUAAUGCAUUGGAACUGGCAAAGCGAUCUCUUUUAGGACGAAACAUCUUUAAGGAUGUUUGUUUCUUUACUUUUCUCAGAGUCAUUCGCGACUACUGCGGAAAGAAGACAUCAGAUCAGUCAGGUUUUCGUGAAAUCUUUGUCAAUGCCCGGAAUGUGUUCAUCAACUACUUUCUUACCUUCCUGACAGACACAUUUAAACUGUUCUUGAGCAAGAACGCUUCAGACGCAAUCACAGCUUUCCGACAGGACGAAGAGAACAUCAUGCAACUUAUUGAGUGGUGUGACAACGGAGAAAUGCCUGCAGAACAAAUUGGGAAGUGCAUCGAUGUCUUCAACGGCGUUGGGGAGCUUCUGGCGAAGAUGAUUGGAAAGGAGAGAUAUGAAUCUGUUUUCAACGUGUUAAGAAAGAAGUCUGAAGAAAUGGAAGAUCAAAAGAGAUUGAGUGAGUGCCUCACCUCCCUGGGGAUCAAACAAGUGUUCCACUAUUUUGUCAGUCGUGUCCAGGAAUGCAACGCCAUUAGCAGAUACCUCUGUCCAACACACGAUUGCAGAUGUGUUCUCGUACAUGGCGUUACUGGUGUGGGUAAAACAAGCACAGCUAUCAAGGUAGCAAACGACCGAUUGGACUCCGACAGUUGCACCGUGGUUGUUUAUGUCAAUUGCAGAUAUAUAAAUUCUCUGGACGAUUUCGCAGAAAAGGCUCUUCAACAAGUUUACCCUUGUCCUGUCGACAAGCCGAUAUCAGAGCUGAAAAAUCGCCUGAAAAGCCAAGCUUUCUACACUGUGUUGCUGCUGGACAACUUCGAAUUUCUGCUGUAUUUGGGCGACAUUGGGCAAGAAACUCCCCAUGAAGGAGCAGUGGCACAAGGGAGGAUGACCCCACCAUGCGAAGAAUCGAAGAUCAUGAAUUUUAUCACUGAAACUGUGAUGAUUUCAAGAAAAGUCAAGUUACUGGUCACUUCAUCAGAGAAAAUUGUGUUUCCGGACCUAGGGCAGCAAAAGGUUCAUCUGGAUUGCUUUAAACCAGAAGAAUCAUUUCAGCUUUUGCAAAGAGUUUGUAUAGAAAGGGUGGUUGACCAGCAGCUCGCGUACCAGCUAUCACAGAUUUGCAGCGGCAUUCCCCUCGUUCUGUACACCUUAGCCAUGUCACACUCCGACCUGCUUGAUCUCGUGGCACGUAUGAGCUGCGCACAACCGAGCGAUGCAUUUGAGUUCUUAAGAAAGAUCCAGUCCGUCCCGAAAGAAAAAAAGAUUAACGUGUGCCUUGAUAUUUGCUUUGGCAGACUUAAUGAAAAGGAAAAGAGCACCCUCAUAAUAUUAGCACUUCUUAGAGGGCGUUUCACCCUGCGUAGAGCUGAACAAAUAUUUCAAUCAUUGAUGCUGAGUAAACAUCAGCUCACAGAUAAUGCAUUGGAACUGGCAAAGCGAUCUCUUUUAGGACGAAACAUCUUUAAGGAUGUUUGUUUCUUUACUUUUCUCAGAGUCAUUCGCGACUACUGCGGAAAGAAGACAUCAGAUCAGUCAGGUUUUCGUGAAAUCUUUGUCAAUGCCCGGAAUGUGUUCAUCAACUACUUUCUUACCUUCCUGACAGACACAUUUAAACUGUUCUUGAGCAAGAACGCUUCAGACGCAAUCACAGCUUUCCGACAGGACGAAGAGAACAUCAUGCAACUUAUUGAGUGGUGUGACAACGGAGAAAUGCCUGCAGAACAAAUUGGGAAGUGCAUCGAUGUCUUCAACGGCGUUGGGGAGCUUCUGGCGAAGAUGAUUGGAAAGGAGAGAUAUGAAUCUGUUUUCAACGUGUUAAGAAAGAAGUCUGAAGAAAUGGAAGAUCAAAAGAGAUUGAGUGAGUGCCUCACCUCCCUGGGGAUCAAACAAGUGUUCCACUGCUCAUGUUCGCCAGGUCUGUGUGAUGUAGCGGCGGAACGAACCAAGGAAUAUUUGGUGGAAGCCGACAAAAUUCAGAGCAGUCGGAAUCUGAACAUCAACACAGGAAAUAGCCGGGCCCAAUGUCUCUCCAAACUUGGUCGAUGUCUCGCAAAGGAAGGCAAAUUCUCUGAAGGGAAAGUGAAGAUUCAGCGGGCUAUCGACAUUAGACAAAGACAUGGGGAAGAGGACAUCGUCAUGCUUGCAGCAACAUACAAUGAUAUGGCAGUGGCUCUGUCGCUUAAAGGAGACCACCAGGAAGCCAUUGAAGUCAGAGAGAGUGAGACCCUUCCAGUUUACAGGGAACAACUGGGUGACCAUCCCUUCACGGCAACCAUACUCAACAAUCUGUCCAAUAACUACUAUGCUCUUGGUCAAUACGACAAAGCUAAGCAGUAUUCAGAUGAAGCACUGAGGAUGCGGGAAGAGUUGCUGAAGGAUCAUCGUGACACGGCCAAGUCUCUGUUUGAUCUUGGUAUGGUGCAGAAAGAAAGGGGAGAACUCCAGGAAGCAAAAGAAUGCCUUGAAAGGUCACAGACCAUUCAGGAGAGGGUGCUGGAUGACAACACCAAGGAUCUUCAACGAACUAAAGAACAGAUUGAAGAAGUGUGCAGCCGUCUUGCCCGCCAACAGUUACUGGAGAUCGACUGAGUAAGAGGACGUUUUAACCUGAUCCCAGCACGAAACCUACCACGAAGAGAAGCUGAGUGUUCUCCCAUUUAAUGCUUGCUGGGAUCAGGCUUUUAAAGCAAAACGUUAGUUGUAGACAACAAAGGAUUAUCAAUAGCUUAAAAGAUCGAAGCAACCAUGGUAUCGAUGUCAGUUUUACAGAAAUUUAAUUACCUUACACGUAGAUCCAACUAACUACUAAGUACUAAGUGUUUCCUAAAACACUGAAUUUAAGUGUUUCAUCACAAUGAUAUCAGCGGAAAAAAUAGGCACCUCUGACAUGUGCAGCAAAAGUUAUUAAUCAAGCUCUCGCAUAGAUAUUUAGAAAUUAAUAACGUUAGCUUCCAGUGUGUGGAACUAUUCUAUCAAGCAGUUAGAUGCUAAUAUCUAUGGACGACCAAUUGUCCUGGUCUGUUGAAGCCCUAAUAUCACAUUUUGUUGUGAUCCCUGAAUAUAUUUACGAGUCUUGCAGUAUUUCUGUAGUUGCUCAUCAGAGAGAAUGACGGGCAUUGAACCGUUUACCUUAAGCUAGCUAUGCAUAUAUGCGCGGCACCAAAGAGCCAGAAUUUUGAGUCGUUUUGGUCGUUUUCCCAUGUAGAUUUCUCCUGGAAAAUAGCCCGCUGAAGUAAAUACUACUGCUGAAUACACCGGCAAACAACGGUACGAUAAAAUGGCAAUUGCGCUCCAGAAAUUAACGGUUGGACAUUACGGUAAAUAAUGUCUUGAUGUUUUCAGUUUUAGGUUUACUAGUACAAGAACAUUUUGUGGUAAACAAUAAAGAGAAAAUGAAAAUCGUGUUUAUGACUCGCUCCUAUGGAUUGAUAGAUUCCCUGGGAAAUUUUAUGUUCCAAAAAAACUACAUUUCCCGCUUGGAACUAUCAGCACAUAGGCCCUAGACAGAAAAUUUUUUUGUACUCGCUCUCGUUUUCUAUGGCCGAUAGGCAACGACUCGCUCACAGAAAACCCAGGCUCGUAGUCUGUUUGAUAAUUCUGGAUUCUCCGCAAACGUGUGGUUAACAAACAAUUUUCUUUCUUUAUAAAAUCUCUCUUAAGAUGAAGCUUGCCUUCAGUUCAUUACAAUCAUAGUGCAAUAUUUUCAAAGCAAUUAUACCAAAUUUGGCGAGGCACUGUCGGAUGUUGUAUACACAUUUUAUUGAACUUUUAAGGGAACAGGUAUACGCUUAUUUUAACGCGUACUGCAUGUACCUACUUGGACGUAUGUAGUCUGCAUGACUGAUGUAGCAGACAGUCCAUACGACUAAAGUACAAACGUAAGAAUACAAAGAGACGUCUAGAUGCAUGGGUAGGGGGAAGGCGACUGUCAAUGAAUUUUCUUUUGCACAGUUUAAGUAUUAGGUGAUGUAUUAUUUUUGAGUAAACACUUCGAUUGUGUAUUGAAGACUUGGCCUUGUAAACCCGACGUUUAUUUGAAGCGGACGUUUGAGAAAAAACGUUUUACUAUGUUUCAUUUGCCUGGUGUCUUAACGAUGGGACUAAAGAAGGACUAUUAUAAAUACGAAACUCAAG